AUGGCGGACUACAACUAUGGCGGUACCGACGAGGAGAAUGGGGAGCUGAGAACACUUGAAGUUGAACUGAGCGAAGAUCCCGAUAACUUCGAGACCUGGGAGAAGCUCGUGCGCGGCGCCGAGGCCCUCGAGGGCGGAAUCAACCGCAACUCCAGUCCUCAAGCUAUCACUACCGUGCGCAACGCCUACGAUCGCUUCCUUGCCAAAUUUCCCCUUUUAUUCGGAUAUUGGAAGAAAUAUGCCGAUCUAGAGUUCUCGAUCACGGGCACCGAAGCCGCAGAAAUGGUCUACGAAAGAGGCAUUGCCAGCAUCUCGCCUUCGGUCGAUCUAUGGACCAACUACUGUUCCUUCAAAGCUGAGACCUCUCACGACGCCGACAUCAUCCGAGAACUCUUUGAGCGAGGUGCCAGUUGUGUCGGCCUUGACUUCCUUGCCCACCCUUUCUGGGACAAGUACAUUGAAUUUGAAGAGCGCAUUGAGGCUCAGGAUAAGAUUCUCGCUAUCCUUGGUCGAAUUAUUCAUAUUCCGAUGCAUCAAUAUGCGCGGUACUUCGAACGUUAUCGUCAGCUGGCCCAGGGUCGUCCUCUUGUUGAGUUGGCACCCGCCGAAAUCAUGGCACAAUUCCGUGCCGAACUUGAGGCGGCUUCUCCGACCGUCCCACCGGGCGCGAAGGCCGAGGCCGAGAUCGAGCGUGAUCUUCGACUGCGCAUCGAUACCUACCAUCUGGAGAUUUUCUCCAAGACUCAAACGGAGACUACGAAGCGCUGGACAUUUGAGUCCGAAAUCAAGCGACCAUACUUCCAUGUCACCGAGUUGGAUGAGAGCCAGUUGACGAACUGGAAGAAGUACCUUGACUUUGAGGAAUCGGAAGGCGAAUACGCUCGGAUUCAAUUCUUGUACGAGCGUUGCCUUGUCACAUGUGCUCACUACGAUGAGUUUUGGCUUCGCUAUGCCCGAUGGAUGGCUGCUCAGGCAGGCAAGGAAGAAGAGGUUCGAAUCAUCUACCAGCGUGCCAGCUAUCUCUUCGUGCCUAUCGCCAACCCUACUAUUCGCCUACACUAUGCCUACUUUGAGGAAAUGUCAGGGCGGACAGAUGUGGCCAAAGAUAUUCACGGUGCCAUCUUGUUUAGCUUGCCCAGUCACGUCGAGACCAUCAUUUCUUUGGCUAACCUGUCGCGCCGUCACGGCGGUCUUGAAGCAGCCAUCGAGGUCUACAAGACUCAGUUAGAUUCUCCUGAAGUUGAAAUGGCCACCAAGGCCGCCCUUGUCGCCGAAUGGGCCCGUCUCUUGUGGAAGAUCAAGGGCGCCCCUGACGACGCUCGCAAGGUGUUCCAGGCCAACCAGCAGUACUACCUCGACAGCCGGCCAUUCUGGACCAGCUAUCUCAUUUUCGAGAUUGAGCAGCCUACCAGUGCUGACAUUGAAUCUACUCAGUAUGACCGUAUCAAGCAGAUAAUUUCUGAUGUCCGCUCUAAGAGUACCCUCGUUCCCGAUGUGGUCAAGGAGCUCGUGCAGAUCUACAUGGCAUACCUUCUGGAGCGUGGCACAAAGGACGCUGCUAAGGAGUACAUGACCCUGGACCGCGAGGUUCACGGUCCACCCUCAGUGUCUGCCUGGGCUGGAUCGAUCUCCAUAAUGCCCGCGGCGCCCAUUGACGGGCAAUCCGCAGCCGUCCCGGUGGUACAAGCUACUCCUGACCCGGCUGCCGCAGCGUAUGCGUACUACCAACAAAGUAACGGCGUGUCUGCUAUCUAG